AUGGAUUUUGGCUUGGAUAUUUUUGGACAGCAGCCGAGACUCAACAUCCAUACGCAAAUAUGUCUCUGCUUUUCAACGCCCAUCGAUGUUGCGCAAUCCACCAUCGUGAAGACACUGGCAACUGGUCUUCAGCGACUGACGGCCGGCUUUCCCUGGGUAGCGGGUCAGGUCGUCGUUGAGGGCUCAAGUGCUGGAAGCUCUGGAGUCUUCAAGAUUAGAGAGCUGGGGAACGUUCCGUACUUGGCAGUCAAGGACCUCAGAUCAGACACCUCAGUCCCGACAAUGAUGGAACUAAGGGAAGCCAACUUCCCAAUGAGAAUGCUAAACGAAUCUGUUAUUGCGCCUCGCAACACCUUUCCCGCAGCCAAUGGCAUCGACGGACACGACUCGGGUUCGCCCGUCUUUCUUGUACAGGCCAAUUUCAUUGUCGGUGGCUUGGUGCUCACGUUCCUUGGCCAGCAUCAAAGCAUGGACAUGGUUGGGCAAGGACAGGUUAUGCACCUCCUCUCGAAAGCCUGCCAUGGCGAAUCUUUCAAAAAGGACGAGCUGUUUUCCGGUAAUCUUGAGCGGCAAACCGCCAUCUCUCUCCUUGAUAACUAUGAGCCGGGGCCCGAGCUUGCUCGUCAUCUGGCCACCACUGGGACCGGCCCAUCUGGCAGCGGCCUUGAUAGACGGGAAACUGAGCCUGCUCGCAAUAUCUGGGCAAGUUUUACGUUUUGUCCCUCAUCGUUGGCAGCGCUCAAGUCAGUCGCCGUCAAGCAUCUCCCGAGCGGCUCCUGCUACGUAUCGACUGAUGACGCGCUGAGCGCCUUCAUCUGGCAGAGCAUCAUGCGCGCCCGCGCCCAUCGCCUGCCGCCCGACGUAGACACGACCUUUGCGCGAGCUGUUGAUGUGCGCUCCUACGUCGAUGUGCCCGCGACUUAUACAGGCAUCGUGCAGAACAUGACGUACACGACGUAUACGCUGCAGGAGGUUGUCGCACUGCCGCUGGGCGAGAUAGCAUCAAGGCUGCGAAGCGCCCUGGAACCCAGUACCACAAUCCUUCCCUUUCACACACGUGCCUUGGCCACCUAUUUGCACAGCCAGGCCAACAAGUCACAUGUUUCGCCUGCCUCAUCGUUGGAUUUUUCAGUCGACGUGAUAGUGAGCUCGUGGGCCAAAACAGACAGCUAUGCCCUCGAUUUUGAUUUAGGACUCGGCAAGCCAGAGGCAGUUCGCCGGCCUUGGUUCACACCGCUGCAGAGUUUUGUGUAUUUUAUGCCUCGAAAGAGAGACGGCGAGAUUGCUCUGGCGGCGUGUCUCGGGGAAGAAGACAUGGAGAGGUUGAAGGCGGACAAGCAGUUUACACUAUAUGCCAGGCACGACGGAUAA